GAGAGAUGAAGCGUCCGCUGUUGCUUUUGCUUUUGCUGCUGCUGCUGCGCCAAGUGCAUCCGUUCAAACAACCUAACGAGUUUGCCAACUUUUUCCAGCAUGACCAAGACGAAGACGAGAAGGAAAAUAAGUUGAUUACUCUUGAAAGCGAUCUCAAAAGUCUAGAUCGACUUGUACGGUCUCUGGAGAAGAGAAUUAAAUCACUAGAGCAGCCAGUUUGGCCGGUGGCUCACGGUGAGUUGAGGUGGACGCAAUGCACCGAAGGACCAUGCAGGUGUCGUCCCGAGACCAAAAGCCUGAGCUGCUGGAAAAUGGCUUUUUCCGAGCUGCCUACUGCCCAAAGUUUGCCGAGAGACACCAAAGUUAUGUGCGAUCUAGGAUUGAAUAGGUUGGCUGGAAUACACAAGAACGCAUUCCAGGGCUUGACGCAUCUCGCGGAGCUGGAUUUGGUUGAUAACCAAAUAGAUCAUCUCCCCAGCGUCUUGUUCGCUGAUUUGGAAAGUUUGAGGAAUUUGCGGCUGCACAUGAAUCGGCUGGAGGAACUUCCCGACAGGCUCUUGCUUCGGUUAAUCAAUUUAGCCACUCUUGACCUGUCCUCCAACUUGCUGAACCAUCUCACCGAACACCAGUUCGAGGGACUAACGCGGCUCAUCGUGUUGCACAUUUCCGGGAACAAACUUUCCACCCUACCCGAGAGUAUUUUUAAGGGACUAAAAAUGCUGGAAGACCUUGACCUUUCCAAGAACGAAAUCAUCUCGUUGCCGGAGAAAACUUUCCUUGGUCUUAACAACUUGAAAAUUCUUCGGCUGAAUAACAACCAAUUGAAGAUGUUGCCCGCGAAAAUCUUCACGGGCUUGAGUUCUCUCCACCACGUCGAUUUACACCGCAAUCAUUUGACCGUGCUGCCCGCUGAUAUUUUGGCACCGCUCGUCCAUCUCCAAAUUCUUGACUUUUCUUCCAACUGGCUCACAACGAUAAAAGAGGUAGACUUUUAUCUACUUGAAAAUCUUCGCGAGCUGCAUUUAGGUCAGAAUCAACUGGACGAGAUCCCGGAUGGUGCGUUCGACAACAUGAUUUCUCUCGAGAAGCUUUUCCUCUUUUCCAACAAUCUCGAGAGGAUUGACGGCGCCGCAUUGACAGGUCUGCGAAAUUUGAGCUCGCUUAUGCUGAACAAUAAUUUGCUGAAAGACGUGAAGACGAACGCCUUUAUGCACGUCCCCAACCUGCGAAAAUUACAACUUGAUAGCAACAAGCUCCGCUUCUUGUCGGCCAACUGCUUCGAGCCGCUGACGAAACUUGUGACGGUCAAAUUGGCCAAGAAUCCGUGGCACUGCGACUGCAACAUUCUCUAUUUGGCUAAUUGGUUGCGUGCAAAUAACCGAAAAGUCUGGGACACAAGCCCGACCUGCCGAGGACCUGGUGACCUUGGUGGCAGGACGAUUGAGGAUAUGACCUUUGACGACCUCUGCGAUGGUCAGUGGGCCAGCAUGACCAAGUUUUACCACCGCUUGCCAAUUAACAAGCACGAAGAGUACAUAAUGAUUCAAUCAAAGAAGCAGAAAAUCAAAGAAGAGCAGGCUACUCAUGCCUUGACGCUCCACAGAUGGUGACAAAGUCUGUAUAAUCAAUCAUACAUUUAUUUGACCAAUAAAUAAGUAGUAAAU